CCUAAUUCAUCGGGAAACAAAGGCAGGCACCUCAGGCGGCACGAGGAGCAGGCUUACGCGACGCACGGACCAAGGCGCGCCAAUACGUCCAGCGGCUGCCUUUCUAGCGCCAAAGCGAUCCAUUCACAGACUCCAGGGCUGCCCUCGCAGCGCUUAACGGAACCCUGAAGUCCUAGAUAGGCGGCCGCCCCUCACUAACUUCGGCGUGGCAGCACUGUGCGCCCACUGCACCGCAGUCCAGUGACUCCAGCUGCAGGACGUACUAAGGUAAUGUUUGGUACCACUGGAUCCAUCAUCCAGGGCAGCCAGUCCCAUCUGCCACCAAGCUGCAUCGUCAACCUCGUUUCACCCUUCAUGCUUCCCGCCCGCCAAACACCCCGACGCAAGUCAUUUGCAACACGUCACAAGCAUCGUCAUCAACUCGCCGUCACUGCGCCAACAGAGGCGCCGACGGCAUCAGUCCUAAGUGAGAGUUUGACGACGGGCUUCCACUAGCAAGCUCUAGCGAAAGGCUGUCCGUCUACCCAGCACGGGGACAAUGAACUUUAUCCUUGUUGAUCCCGCCAAAUCAACAGACCGCCAACGCGUCAAUAUAAAGCUCCCACUCCUCGGGUCGUCGUUUCUUCCUCUUGCCCACCAUGUCUCUCAUCAAAUCCUUAAUGGAGCUCGCCACCAUGGCCGCCAUCAAGAACAUCAGACACCUUGAUAGCGUUGGCGACUUCCUCCCCUACGAGGCGGUCCGCACCAUCCUGCUGCGCGUGGAGAGCGCUCACCAGCUCCGCCGUGUCGAGCUCAACUCGCCUCAAAUUCAGGGCCACACCGGCGAGAUAUGGAUCAAGAUCAUUGAGAAUGAGUUUCCCCUCGAGUACAAGGCCACCGCCUACAAGCCUUCCUCCCCAGACAAGUGGUACAAGGUCUGGGAAAAGUACAAGCACGAGCACGACGUCGCCCUGGCCGAGAGCGAGGCCAAGCUCAAGAACGCCCUCGCCGGCCUGCAAGAGGACAAGCAGCGCAACGUCAGCACCAUCGUCGAGCGCAAGUAUCUCCCCCGCGCCGGACGCACCGGCCCCAAGCAGCGCCACUGGUCCCAGCGAGACACGGGAUCCAGCGUCCUCUCAUUCAGCGGAGGCAGCCGCACCAAGACCAACACGGGCGCCAGCGUCAUGAAGAAGGUCCGCCGCGAAGCUCGCGAGAUUGCAAACAUCAAGACGCAACUCUCCAAGCCCAUUCGCGCCCCCAUCCGCGGCCCGACUUUGCACAAGGCCCCCGCUGCCAUGGUUAACGACCACCGACGCGCCGCCCUGCCUCAGUACCGCGUCACGGGCUCUGCUAUGGAACAAUACGAACAGCGAGCCACCCUUCUCUCUGACUCGGACGACGAUGACCUGAACAACAAGCCAGUUCUACCCGUGGCUCCGCCGAAGAAAACCAUCUCCGACGCGGCAAAGGUCUCCCUCCUCAAAAAGCGACCCGGCACCGCGUCCUCUACCAAACCCAUCAUCAAGCAGAUUCCGGUCAGGGGAAGCACUGCGGCAUCGCCUCAGAAGGAGGGCGUCUCCGGCGCUGGCACCAAGGACAUUGCUAGUCCCGGCUCAUCAGGAAAGCGGUCCGGCGCAGUCAACAAGAUCGCGACCACGGGCAACUCGGCCCUGGCCGGCAAGCUCAACCGCUCGGCCGCGAUCAAUAAGGCCAGGCCAGUUGGCGAUCAAGCCCACGCCAGACUUGAGGACGAUGCGUCGGACAAUGAUGCGCCUGCGCGUCUGCCGACCCGCAAGACGGUCUCUCCACCUCCUGGCGAGGCCGGCCCAUCGUCGCCUGAGGAAAUCAUCGCCUCGCUCAACGCGCCGCCUGCGGCAGCCCCCAGAAAGCGCAAGGCGCCGCCUAGCGUCUUCAUGAAGCCCAAGAAGAGAGUGCACUAGAGGGAGGGGCAUUCGACACUUCACCCACGCUUCUCUUUUAUGGCUCUCUUUACACGCACGCACACACUGGCAGAUGGACAUGCGCUCCUACAAACGCAAUCUGCAUGUCGAUACCCCCACAAUCACAUUGCAUUUACACAGCACGAUGGUAUCCGCUCGGCUACUUGAAUGAUCACGCAGCACAGAUACGAAAUGCAUCAGCAUCUGGCCACAAAAAGACAUUGGCUGGUUUGAACACAUGGCGCUGGGAAGGAUUUGAAGACGGGGCUCUUGGCAUCGGGCAUCAUGGCGCGUGGGAGCAUUGGUAUUAGGAUUCUCAGAAGGACUUUGAGGCACAACGAAUGGUUUUUCUAAAGGAAAAGGGCACUGGAAGUCGAAGUCCCUCUGUAAACACAGAUAACCUUAGUCAUGGACAAUCGAAUCGUUGGC